AGGCUGGACCGGGAGGAGCUGUGCGGCCAGUCCGCCACCUGCAUGCUCCCCUUCGAGCUGCUGCUCUCCAACCCCCUGCAGUUCUUUCGGGUCGAGGUGGCUCUGGAGGAUAUCAAUGACCAUUCACCUGUUUUCCCUGUGGAACGAGUCACUUUUAAGAUUGUGGAAAGAAGCGACCCUGGCACCCGUUUCCCAGUGGAAGCAGCUCGGGAUCUCGAUAUUGGCAGCAAUAUGGUCCAGGCAUAUAGCAUCUCUCCCAAGAACGAAUAUUUCAGUGUCUUCUAUGGUACUAACAUUGAGAAUGACAGAAGCGUGGAACUUGUUUUGGAAAAGCCGCUAGACAGAGAGGAGCAUGAAGAGAUGGGUUUUAGUCUCAUUGCUGUGGAUGGGGGCUCUCCACCACGGAGUGGGACCACCCAAGUCAAUAUUAUUGUUCUAGACGUAAAUGACAAUGCUCCUGUCUUCACUCAGAAAACAUAUGUUUGUCAGGUUUUGGAAAACUCACCACAGGGCUCUGCGGUUUUGAGAGUGGUUGCAGCCGAUCGGGAUACAGGAAGUAAUGGAGACAUCACUUAUGCGUUCAGCCAACCAUUGAGUCAAUCUGACAGCCCAUUCACAAUUGACUCUAUGAGUGGGGAAAUUAAACUCACAAAACCUCUGGACUAUGAGGCAGCACAAAGCCACGAGCUGAGUGUGAGAGCCACAGAUGGUGGGGGACUCUCAGCCAUCUGCAAAGUGCUGGUGGAGGUGGUGGAUGUGAAUGACAAUGCCCCAGAGGUGGUGGUCAGCUCCUUCAGCAGUCCCCUCCCCGAGAACACAGCGCCCGGCACGGUGGUUGCCCUGUUUACGGUCAGGGACCGGGAUUCUGGGGCCAACGGGAAGAUCUCGUGUGGCCUCGAGGAUCAGCGCUUCUUCUCGCUGCGGCCAGCCUAUAAGAAUUACUAUGAGCUGGUGACAGUGAGCGCGCUGGACCGCGAGGAGACGGCUCGCUACAUCCUCAGGGUGACGGCGGCAGACGCGGGGUCGCCUCCUCUGACGAGCACGCAGACCUUCACCGUGGACAUCUCGGAUGUCAAUGACAACGCCCCCGUCUUCAACCAGACGUCGUACACCAUGUACGUGCGUGAGAACAAUGUGCCCACGGUGUUUGUUGGAGCCGUCAGCGCUGCCGACGCUGACGUGGGGCUCAAUGGCAAGGUGAGCUAUUCGCUG